AUGGCUGCCUCCUGCUCGUUAGUGUGCUGCGGAGAAGAGACUGAAUCCGACAAAGCUGCUAUCGUUCGCUUUUCAAAUGCCUGUGUCAACCAUGCAGAGCAACUGGAUUUCAGCAUGUACAAGAACACAGAUGAGAAGAACCCCAGGAAGAAGAGCAGGCGGAUAGUGGUUGCUGAAUCAGAGAGGCUAAGUUAUGUUGGUCAAAAUUUUGGGGCUGAAUCAAUGAAAUGCAACAACCUCUGCAAAUAUUAUGUUGGAGUGCUGAACAAACAGACCAUGCAAAUGGAAGUACACAACGCUGUGUUGUUCAACAUGCAGCCUGUUAUCCCAGGGGAGACGUCAACAGCUAAGCAUCAGGAUGCUGCUCAAUCCUACAGAGACAGGGUUGACUUGUUGAUUGAGGCAUUUGGUACCAACAAACAGAAACGAGCUCUUGCCUCCCGUAGGCUGAACCAAGUGGGCAGCAAUGCCCUGCAGAGCGCAGUGGCUAAAGCUGCCACUUCUGUGAUCGAUCAGAAGGGCCUUGAAGCUCUCCAACAGGAAGUGGCGGAGACAGAGUCCCAGGGUGCUCUGGCGUCCCACCUGCCUCCUUGCAAUCCGAACGCAGACCAAAGAGAGGACGUCUACCCAUUCGAUGAGCUGCUGGAUCCAGUGGAGUUUGCUGCACUGGAGCAGCCUGGAUCCAAGAUGGCAGCACUCACCCCAGAAGAGCUGAAGAAGAUGAGAGAUGAAGGAAGGUGCUUGAGUGUUGUGAGGCAUUUAGAGAACAUGCCAGCUGUGGGCGAAGCCAGAGAGAAAGCGGCACGCUGCGCUUUUUACCUCUCUCUGCUCCUCAAGCUGGCGAGGCAGAAGACCGUCCCACGCAAGUUUGGACACGAUGAAGGCUGCCCUCGCAUCAUUCAGAGCAAGCUGUUUAAAACUUUCACUGUGGAGUCUUUUAACAACGGGAGGGUGCAGAACAUCGUUUCAACAUCAAUGCGUUCGAAGUUAGCUGCAUAUAGCCUUGCUCUGCUGCUGCAUAUGGGUCAAAUGACUGCCGACCUCUCGCUACUGCAUCGGGAUCUGGGAAUCACUGAACCCAAGAUGAUCGAGGUUGCAAAGUCCAUGGGGCUGUCUUUGAUCAAACCACCCCGGACCAAAGGGGACGAGGCUGCGCAGGGUGGGGACCACAGACUGGCCACUGUCGUCUUACCGCUGGUCAAGUACGACCAGUUUGCUGAGAGACGGAAACGCAAGAAAAUGCAUUAAGGACUGAAGAAACAGAUGGAGAGACUGAAAGGAAAUGGAAACACCACAAAGAGGAGCUGUUUAUUAUGUUUUGUAGACAAAUAAAGUGGGUAAAUGUGA